GCCUGUAACAGCGUCUCUAGCCUGAGUGUCGCUGAGCGACAAUGGGGCCAGCAACUGGGGCUGCUGAGAGUGAAGUGCGGCUGCAGGAGUUGCGUGUUGAUGGCAAUGGAGACCUGGAGGCUGGUGGGGAGCCAGAACCUCGUCAUAACUGCAUGAAAAGUCAAACCGGUCCAGUUGUGGUUGCACUGAUAGUUGUAUCAUCUGCUUUGAUCGCUGCCAUCAUUGCUGUGGCAGUGCUGGCAUCUAAGCUUUCAUCAGCUGAUCGGUGGCCCUCUGCUGGGCCCACAUGCCCGGACGGCUGGAUCGGGUACCGAGGGAAAUGCUACUAUUUCUCCGAGACUGAAGGGAACUGGACCUACAUUGAGAGACACUGCUCCUCCUUUGGUGCCUCCCUGGCUGGGAUCGACAGUGAGCAGGAGUUGAUGUUCCUGGUGCGCCAUAAGGAUAUCCAUGACCACUGGAUCGGCCUCCGGAGGGAGCAGGGGCAGCCCUGGAAAUGGACCAACAGCACCGAAUUCAACGACCUGUUUCGGAUAAGAGGAGGCGGUGACUGCGCAUAUCUGAAUGACGAGAAAGGGGUCAGCAGCUCACGGUGCUACAUGGAAAGGCGGUGGAUCUGUAGCAAACCUGAGGUGUAUGUGACGGGAAAAGGGACUGCACUGGAAGGGAGCUCAAAAUAAGCCUCCUAGAAAUGACACUGAUACAACUCAUACCUACUUGAAUGAAUCAUGUCCCCGUUCAUCAGCCUGGCCAAGAUCUCAAAAUCGGGCAGUGGGGCCCUCAAGCAAUAAGUGUGUGUCAUUUAAACUGUGGAUUCUUUGUAUAUACCUUCUGCUUCUGAACCUUUAAACUCAGGGACACAUUGUCAGGCUUCUCUCUGCAGCUGAGAGGGCGAGAUCUUAUGAGAAGGAGUCUCAGCCACAUGCUGGGG